GGAAGAGAAACCAAUUUCCUUACAAAGCAAAAAGGCUGGAGCUAAGAAAAAUCUUCCCUGUAUCAGUCCCCCAAACCCAGGGAAAAAAGGACUCAGCAGCUCCUGGACCAGAGUCUGCAAAUGCUGUCAGUGCCGUCAGGGCUGUGUCCUGCAGCUGAUUUAUCCACCUGGAACAGGCAGCAGAACCCACCAAAGGAUUCAGGGAUGCUCCAUGGCUUGGAGAAUUAAAUCAGAAUUUUGCACAGUCCUGCAGAAGUUGGCAACAGGAAAUGAGUGUCCUUGUUAAGGGCUUGGGUGGCUUUUAAACUUGGCAUUUUCUCCUUGGUUGGAAUAAAACAAAUGAAGAAUUUCACAGCUCAAAGACAAUUCCUGGCUGCCCCUCUUUCCCUGGCCACUUCUCUCUAGCUUGGCAGGGUCACAGGCAUGGCAGGAAUUCUGUAAUUUUAUUCCUACCAUUUUCUGGUACUUCUUAAAGGUAAUUUUAUUCAUUAGGGAAAAACAGUGAUGCUUCUAACAAGUUUUUUGGCUGUGAGGGUGGGCAGGCCCUGGCACAGGGUGCCCAGAGCAGCUGGGGCUGCCCCUGGAUCCCUGGCAGUGCCCAAGGCCAGCCUGGACAGGGCUUGGAGCAGCCUGGGACAGUGGAAGGUGUCCCUGCCACGGCAGGGCUGGCACUGGAUGGGCUUUGAGGUCCCUUCCAACCCAAGCCAGUCUGGGUUGCUGGUGCUACGCGGGGUGGAUGGUGCAGAUUGUCCCCUCCCAGAGCCCUGCACCUCCUCCCUGAGCUGGAUCCAAGCAUGACUCAGCCCCACAGAGCUUUUAUCAGCUCUCACACACGGCCUCAGCAUCCAGAAACAGCCCCAGCCCCAGCCAACAGCCACAACCCCCGGCUGGCCUGGGAAAUAAGAAAUAAAUACACAGGGAGGGAGCUGUGGGCUCCCAGCACCCCCCCAGUCGCACCCCGGCCUCCGAAACCCUGCAGAGGUGCCUGGACCCAGGGUCCUGCUGUUCUUGGGCUCAAGCAGUGAAACUUUCUGUUUUCCUCAUGGAAACCCACAUUUCCCAAAGGCUGCUCAUCCCAGCCUCGCUGCCCCCAGGAGAAAUCCCUGCAGCUGCCUUCCCACAGCACCCACAGUGGCCCCACUGAUGACUCAAAGAGUGAACAGAAGAGAGGAAAUAUUGAAAUAUUUGGGCUUUAGACUGUUUAAAAGGUGACUUCAUCCUAGAGGGAACAGACACCAAUGGGAAGGUUUUUUUCCUGCUGAGCUGGGUCACUUGGUGCACUUUGAGCGUCUGUAAAGCUCUGGGAGACAAAUAAAAGGUUUUUUCCGAGGGCUGGGCUUCUCUCGUGCAGUGACUGCAGGAAAUCCCAGCAAAAAGACAGAUCACGGAUCAAAAAAUAUUUUGAGUUGGAAGAGAAGCAUAGGGAUCAUCAACUCCAGUUCUGACAGGAAUUGAACCCACAACCUCGGUCCAUGGAAGAAAAUGAAAAUAUUCCUCCAUGCCAACUCACCCAGAGUAAUAAUCUGGAAGAAGGAGAAUUAAUUCUGUCACUUGAGGGGGGUUUGGGGGGCAAUCCCCUCCUCAGAGCAGCUGCCACCCUUAAAGCCAUCCCUGGAGCCAUCCAGGAAGGAGGAGCAGCUGGAGGGACACAAACCCUCAGGUGGCACUGGCGGUGACACGGUGACCACGGCCGGGGCCGGAAGGAUGCCGGGGGCUCCGGGGGCUGCCGGGGAGCGGGGCCAAACCCCGGCUGAGCCAAACCCGGCUGAGCCGAACCCGGCUUCCUCCAGCCGAGCCCGGAGCAGGUUUUGAAAGCACAUCCUGCGCGGCCGGGGCGCAGCGCCCUGCGCAAGGCGAGCCCCGAGCGGCCAUGGGCAGCGCCAGGAGGGGCCGGGAUGGGCAGCGGGAGCUGCUGCGGCUCCGGGAUGUGCAGCUGGAGCCCCGCGGGACCUCCCCGCUGCCAGGGACACCUCACAGGGCCAGCUCCGCGCCCCGCAGCCUGGACCCGGCUGGCCCCGGACCGGCCACCCCCAUGCCGGACACGCCGGGGGGCUGCCCCCCUCGGCCCCCCAGCUCAGCCCUCAUCUACAGCAACGUGGGAGAGCUGCGGGCUCACCUCGUUCCCCGCAAGGCCAGCCGAGGGGAAGGCGCUGGGAGACCCCUCUCCCAGGCCGAGCCGGACCCCCUGCCUCCCCCACUGCCCAAAAAGCAGCUCCAGCGAGCCGAGUCCCUCCCGGAGCCGGGACCAUCCCAGCGCUGCCACGACGAGCCCGAGCCGCGGGCUGGCAGCGUCCUGUACAGCAUCCCCGCGGGGCAGCUGCAGCCUGGGGAGGGGGCUCCCCCGCGGGACAGACCCUCCUGGGCGCCCAAGAAGCCCCUGAGCAAGUCCCAAAGCCUGGGGGAGCCGCUGGCCCGGAGCAGCCCCCAGCAAGCCCCCUCGGGCAGCCUGAAGGAGCUGACAUUCGGGACAGCGGACGGGGAGCUGGGGCAGCUCCUGGAGAGCCCGGCCGGGGUCUGUGCGGUGGUUUUGGGGUGCCAGGAGGCCUCCCUGGCCCGGCUCUCGGCUCUCAUGCAGGAGGAGCUGGUGGGGCCCGAGGAGAGGCAGCAGCUGCUGCAGGCAGAGCUGGCGGGGAAGCGCUGGCCAGCGCUCGACGUCCUGGACCUUCAGCCCUGCUGCCAGAGCGGGGACGCCUGGUACUUCAGGGUGGGCUUCACCUUCGAGCACAGCCAGCUGCAGUUUGCAGCCAAGGUCCCCAAGCCGUGCUGCUCCAGCCUGGGGGUGCAGAGCUCCCUGGGGACACACUGCAGCAUCCAGCGCCUGCUCGGCCGCUUCACCGACCGCCUCCCUCGGGAGCUGGUGCUCCCAGGAAUCCCUGGAGCACAGAGCCAGGGCCCUUCCAGAGAGGAGCCAGCCUGUCCUGCCCCCCGGCCUGUCCUGCAGGUGCUCCUUUGUGCCGAGGUUCCCCAGCAGACCCUGGCAGACUUUGUGAAGGGCUCCCACGCUUUGCACAGGACCAGCCCCGGGCACUACGAACGCCUGGGCUGCCUCCUGCUCCUGCAGCUCUGCAUGGGGCUGGAGCACCUUCGGGGGCAGAAUGUGGUCCAGGGGGACCUGUGCCCUGAGAACCUGCUGCUGGUGCAGUGCCCGUGUCCCCCCCAGAGGCAGAAGGAGCUGCUGGGACUGUCCCUUCCACGGCUGCUCAUCAGCAGCUUCUUCAAGGUGCAAGAGAAGCAGAGACCUUGUUCCAGCAGCCAGGAGCAGGACUGGAGCCAGGCUCUCGCUGCGCCCUCCCCUCCAGCAGCAGCUGAGCUGAACGUGGGCAGGCUGAUCUAUCAGAUCUUGCACGUGGACAUCUCCCUGGAGAACAUUUUGGACUUCAGAAGCAAAAGGCUCCCCGAUAUCCCCUCGCUGUCCAUCUACUCGACGGGACUGAAGCGCUUGGCCUCGCUGCUCCUGCACAGGGAUCCUCACCAGAGGGUGUCCAUCGAGCAGGCCAGGGCCAUCCUGCAGGUGCUGCUCUGGGGGCCACGCCAGGAGCUCUUUGCCAGGAGCAGGAAGAGCCUCGAGCUGCUCCAGAGCUGGCUGCAGGUCAAGAGGGCUCUGCUGCUCCUGAGGUUUGCGGAGAACUCGGCUGGGGCCGGGGUCAGCACCGGCCUGGAGGAGUGGCUGUGCUGCCAGUACUUCCAGGGGGCCACCGAACACACCCUUUACCAGGUCACCCAGGUUCUCUAUGCUCCCUAAACAACCUCCAGUUCAGCCCACCCAAAGGUCUCCUCAAAGCUCACAAGGGCCUGGCCAAACCUGGCCCUGCCCAAACCUCUCCCUUCCAUGAUAGGGGAGUUGAAACUAUAUUAUUUUUUAAGGUCCUUUCAGCCCAAAUCAUUCCACGAUUCUAUGAAAUCCAUCAUUUCCUGAGAAAUCCCAGCAGGUCUUCACUGGGAAAGCUCUACAAACCCAAACCCACUCCCCCCAUAGCCCGCGGAUGAUGAAGUGUAUAAAACCACAGGCUGUGGGUUUAUAUCCUCAAACAAUUUUUGCUUGAUACUCUAAGUCUGGUUUAUCGGAGCACCUGAGGAAAGGCAGCUGGAUGUGUGGGAGGCCCAAGCACCAAUUUAGUGGCUGAUAAUCCCAAAUAAAGUUUAUGGGGUUCAGACUUUGAACAAACCCCCCUCAGAGCCUUUUUGCAGCUACCAGGUUUUAAAUAACACUCAAAACCACCCAUCACAGCUCACCCUUCUCAGCAAAGGAGAAACAGCAGCUCCUUCAGCCUGUGCUUCCCAGAGACAAUUCGUGGCACAGUCACUAAUAAAAAUGACAUUUUAAAGGGAAAAAUACAGCUUCAAUAAAACCUGGAGCCGAGCCUCUCAAACACUGGUCCUUUACGUGCUUCUCUGCCAGCAUUACACACUCCAGGGAUGGAUCCAGAGGGAAACACAAAGCCCAACUGCCCUGCCCGGUGGUGAUUACCCAGAGCAGCCUCCAUGGGCUCUGGCGAACAGCUCAGGUGAGUUCAUGGGCACCAAGGCAGGGUUGUGGCAUCUGUGAAACACUUGGCAGCACGUGGGACCUGGACCCAGUCCCCAAAUCCAUGCAGAUGUCAAGGGACCAGCAUGGUGAAGGUCAUUUAAAUUAUUCCUCAGCAAUUGUUACUCCCCUCGCAGCCAUCGAGACUGGGUAUCAGGAAAAAUUCCUUCACUGAAAGAGUGACCAGGCAUCAGCACAGGCUGCCCAGGGCAGUGCUGCAGUCACUGUCCCUGGAAGUGUUCCAAGUGUGGAUGUGGCACUUGGGGACAUGGCUUAGUGGUGAUGGGGUGAUGGUCAGACUCAGUGGUCUUAGGAGGCUUUUCCAACCUAAACAAUUCCAUGAUUCAGCAACUCCAUCACCUGACAGCAGCAGGCUGUGCACAGUGGGACAGAGCCUCCCUGUGUCUGCUGUGCCCAUGGAUGCGGCAGUGGCUUCCCAGGCAGUCACCAGAGCCUGGGGCACGGCUGGAGUGAGGAGGAUUCCUCCUAGGAGUCCCUGAGCUCCAAAAAAUAAAAAUAAACCAGAGCCGGGACCCCGCAGAGAGCGGCUCAGUCCCAGCUCCAUGGCUGGUUUGCUCCCACCUGGAGCAGCACCCAGUUCCCCCAGGGCAGCCUCCCUGCCCAGGCUGGACCCCAUCAACCCUGGCACAGAAAUGGGGCUCAGGUCUCAUUCCGGCUGUCCCGGGAGAGCCCAGCCCUGCUGUCCCUGUGUCCCCUGCAGUGUUUGCCGUGGCUAGCAGAGGGCAGUAAAGGCCAAGGCACAGCCCCUCAUCCCGGGGGGACAAAGCCAAACCCGCUCCCGUGGCUCCUGCCCAGCCCCAGGCCGGCAGCUCCAAGACCCCACAGCCCCCCAGUGCUGGUUUGCAGCAGGGGUGACCCCCUCCCCUCCUGCCAGGAGCAUCCAAAGUCAGCGAAACGUCCCAUGGAGGUAGGACCAGGCACAUUCCACACUCCUGUCCCCGUGGAGAGCGGAACAUGGCACAGGUACCACGUUGCAGAGGAAAACAGGGAUUUUUCCAGAUAAACAGAGCAGGAGUUCAGCCCUGUGCCAGCCCGAUGAGCAGAACAAGGACACGCUCCCCUGGUCAUGCCACCACCAUGAAAUCCUGGAAUAUCCUGAGCUGGAAGGGACCCUCAGGGAUGAUCAGCCCAGCCCUGUCCCUGCACAGGCACCCCAACAACCCCACCCUGAGCCCCCCUGAGAGCUCCUGGAGCCCUGGCAGCCUUGGAGCGUUCCCUGGGGAGCCUGGGCAGGGCCCAGCAGCCUCGGGGGGAAGAACCUUUCCCUGAGCUCCAUGCCAAACCUCCCCCAGCUCAGCUUCGUACAGUUCCCCAGAGUCCUGUCACUGGCCUUCCAAAAAUCCCUCCAGGACGAGCACAAUCGUAGGGCCACGAGGGAAUUGGGAAGAGCCAAUUAAAGAGCCCAGCAGAGCCCCCACUUUGCACCCCACCACUGCCCACACACCCCAGGUUACUCUGUGCUGCACCUCCAAGGAGUUUCAGGGAGUAUUUCAGUGUGUUCCACAGGAUCCCAGCACUGCUGAGCCCAGGGAUGGGCUGUGGGGGAAACUUUAGGGCCUCACUCACAUUUCACAGCACUCAAGAGACUUCUACUCACACCCAGCAGAAACUGGUUAAAUAAACCCAUCCCAGGGAUUCCCUGCUCCAAGGUUUUAUUGAGGAAAGAUCCUUCAGCUCCAAACAAGCCUGCAAGUACUGAAAAGCAUGGAAAUACCAUACUUUAUAGCUCAGCCCCUUUAGACUUACGUGUUGUAACUUCAGUUCAAGGUUUGUAAAUUCCAGCAUCACGAGGAGCCCCUUUCCCCCAGUGCUCACCAUCCUGAACACCAAGGGGUGCCUGUGGAGCCCCAGCACAGCCCCCUCCUCAAAAAACCCCAAGAAGCCUGGCCAGCCUCGGUGACACCACUGAGCUGCAGGAGUGCCACAAACCAUCCCAGCUCACAGCCAGAAUUCCCAGAGUCACCUGCACACACCGGAAAGGCUGCACUGUUACAGGAACACUACAAUUCCAGGUAUUCAAGUUGCAUAUUUGGUAUUUAAAGCAGCCGUGGGUUGAGCUGAUCACGUUCCUCUUGAGACUUCCCAACCAAAUCACACCCUGAAUAUCCUACAAAACACUAGCAGAGCAGGCGAGCACUGCUCCUACUUGCCACAUCUGCUAAUUACUCACUAAAAGCAGACUUUUCCAGGAUUGCUGGGUUAUUCCAAGCCCUGUCAGAGCACACCCGUGAGUUCCAGUCAAGCAAAGAACAAGCAAAGCCUUUCCACACCUGCAACUUUAAUGGUUGGGGCAGUUCCAGAGCCACCUCUUCAAGAGUGCAAGUCUUUAAACAGCUUAAAACCAGCAAUAAAAAGUAAAAUAUAAAUUUUUAUUUAGAAUUAAAGCAAAUACUUCAGUAU